AUGUCCUCCAUCACCAAGCAGCUGUCUUCUAUCAGCUGUGCACGCAGAAAGGUGUCUUCCUCCACCACUGAGCUCAGACUAGUUUUGUUGGGGAAGACGGGAAGCGGAAAAAGCUCAACUGCCAACGCCAUCUUGGGCCGUAAAAUCUUUGAUUUGCAAGUCAGCAGCACCUCCGUCACCAAGCGAUGUCGCAGGGCUGAUGGAGAAUUUCGUGGGAGAAAACUGAUGCUCCUGGACACACCGGGGUUGCUGGACACUCAUCAGAUUCCACAGGAGGUGCAGAAGGAGUUGAGGAGGAGUGUUAGCCUUCUCUUCCCGGGGCCCCACGCUUUCCUGAUUGUGGUUCAGAUUGGGAGGUUCACCCAGGAGGAGAGGGAUGCGGUGCGGCAGAUCAAAGAGGCAAUGGGCUCCCACGCUUUGAGUUUCUCCACGGUGGUUUUUACUCAUGGAGACCGUCUCGAAGGAAGAACAUCCGUGAAGCAUUGUCUGAUGGAUGGAGACAGGGAUCUGGCUGAGCUGGUGGCCGGAUGUGGGGGCCGGUAUUGUGUCUUUAACAACCAGAGCUCCAAGAGCAAGCGGCAGGUGUCUGAGCUGCUUGCCUUGGUGGAUGGCAUGAUGCAAGCAAAUGAACAAAGUUGUUACACCAGCAAAUUGCUCCUGAAAGCAGAGGAGAAUCUGGCUCACCAGCUGCAGGAGGAGAGCAGGCUGCUGAAUGAGAAGGAGGAGAUGUUUAAAAAGAAGCAGGAGGCAGCUAUAAAAGACUGGUAUGAAAGAGAGGUAGAGAUGGUUCUUCAAAAAUGCAACAGAGAAAUGGAGAAGCUGAAGAAAAACCAAGAGCUUGAGAAUGAGAAGGUGGUGAAACUGGCAAGAGAAAUAAUGACACUGGCAGAGAUUCACAGGGAGGAGGAGGAGAAGAUGGAAGCUCUUCAGAAAAUGCUUGAGAAAGCUACUAAAAUGCUGGAGGAGCAGGUUGAGCAGGAGGAGGAAAAGAGAAGAUCAAUGGAGGAGAAGAUCCAAAAGGAAAAUGAAAAGAGAGCGAGAGAGAAGGAACUUCAGCAGAUACAGAAAGAGCAGGGCAUCAGGCAGAAGGAGGAAAUGAAGAGAGAUGCCUUGCAGAAAGAGUUGGAUAAAUUCAUCCAAAGACUGGUGGAGCAGUGCCUAAAGGGGGAGGAGAGGAAAAGGCAAAUGGAAGAAAUGCUCAAAUGUGAGAGGGAGGAAAACCAGAGAGAAAGGGAGAUGGAAAAUCGAAGAGUGGAGAAACAACAAACUGUGGCCCUCCAGGAGUUAAAUCUCAUCAAAAUGAAGAUUGAGAAACAAAAAGUGACUGAAGAAAGCCUCAAGAGACAGCUGGAGGACAACCUGCGAAGAGGAAGAGAAAAGUGCGGCGAGGAAAUGUCAGUGCUGAAAAAGCAGUGUGACAAGAAGUGUUCGGACACGAUUGCAAAGAAACCUGCAGAGAAACACAACACAAUGACAACUGGGACUGGAUAUGUGCAAGAGAUGGGACUGUUGGGGGUGAAUGUAGCUUUAGAGAGAAUGUAG